AUGAGUGAGGGAUCAGGUGAUACGUGCUCGGCAGCCGACCGUUUAGUGCGCUUUAUACGGCGAUAUGAUGUGGCUAAUGAUAAAGUAGCGAAGCAGCUAGGAUGGUCUGAAGAGCAGUUACGAGCUUAUUUAUUACCUGAGACCCGUCGUAUUAAAGCAAUAUCCGACAUUGCAGAUGCAGCGGUAGAUAAGUUUUUGAUGAGGUAUCGCGUGGCUUUAGCACAUCAGACGCUAAAAAGAGCUACCACUAGACCUCUCAAGCCGCUCGAUAUGAGUUGUAGAAGAUCUAUGAAUCCUAUACAGUAUGGACGUAGUAUGACAGACAAGAGGAGUAUUAUACACGCAGAUGUCACGCCUGCACAGUUGAUGGAAGCCAAAGGGAUGAAUGAGCCAGUAACGGGGAAUCGGAAGCGAAAGCGGCGGUGCAUUGUACAACCUUUGCUUGCUAAGAUGGAGACACGACAAGUAUAUCUAAAAAAUUACGCAGAUAGAAGAAUGUCGAUCAAUUCGAUUUUUAAAGUCAACAAUGGUCAACAAGCGGCUAGUCAAGACCCCAUUUGCCCCAUACGCCUUGAUGUCGACGAGGAUGGAAUUCGAUAUCAGGAUACAUUUCUUGUUGACGCUGCAAUAGCUUCGUGUUCACCGGAACUUCUUGCCAUGCAAAUCUUUCACGACGAAAAGAUGACUGAUAGACUUAGAGAUGCAAUUGCUGAGUCUAUUCGACGACAAAUCUUGUUGUUUACCUCGUCGUCCGUGAUCAAUUUACACAAGAACACACUGCUUUAUCCUAUCUAUCUAGACCUCAUUGUAGAUGGAUACUCCCUACGCGAUCAAUUUGAAUGGGAUGUGUCAAAUGACUACCGUGCAACGCAGAUUUUCGCUGCAACACUUUGUGCAGACCUAAAAUUACCACAAACGUUUGAGCCUGCCAUCGUCUUUUCAAUUUAUGAGCAAGUUGUUGCGUAUCGUAUUGUACUCAGCGGGCAAGAUUGGGUUGGAACAAAUCCGUUGUCCGAUAAAGAAACCAGCUCGUCGCAGUCAUUUUCUAGAGCGGGAUACAUUGAGGUAAUGCCGCCUCUUGACGACAUUAUUCGUAGCACGGAAGACACAAAGUUAUGGCAACCUGUAUUAAGUGAGCUAUCACAAGAAGAAAAAACUUAUUUAUCUGCUAGAUUCAAGACUGUUCGUGCACCUACGACUUGGAGAAGCACAGUGAAAGUCUCAGAUAGUGCUGACAGAUCAAAGAGAUUUAUGCGACGAGAUUCUAAGGAUAGUCGCCUUCCACGACCAAUUAAUCCUUUUAUCGUGUUCUGUCAAAUGCAAAAGGAUGCUAUUGGCAAGACUCGCCGCUCAGCGUCAGAGACAAGAAAAAUCAUGGGCGACAUGUGGCGCAAAUGCACUGAUGAGGAAAAAGAACGUUAUUCUCAAUUAACUGAAGUAGAAAAUGAAAAAAGACGUCGUGAUCAUCUAUUAGAUAUAAGAGAUCGCGCUAUUGCCGAAUGGGAAGAAGACGAGGCUCGUCGAAAAGGACUUUUGGCUUCUGGAACGUUAGAGGCGUCCGCUGAGCACUUUCGUGGCCUUUUGCUUGAAAAUUACAUGAGCGAACGACACGAAGUAGAUAUGAACAGACCAGAGUCAGUAGUUGAAAUGGCUGAGGAGGGUGAGAACGACGAAAUCAAUGAGUACGACGAGCGUUAA